UUACAUCACCAUUUCAGAUACAGAAUAUCGAAUAAUGCUAUUCGCAGCUAUCAAAUUCACAAUUCAACUGGUGUCAUUCAUCGUUUCAAUAAUCUUCAACUUCACACUGAUCUACCUGAUUUUAACAAGGUCUCCAAAGAAAAUGGGAACCUAUAAGUAUUUGUUGAUAUACUUCUGCUGUUUCUCCAUCUUAUAUUCAAUUCUGGAUAUUAUCGUGGAACCGUUCAUUCAAAGCCAUGGUUCGUGUUUCUUCAUGAUGAUGAACUUGGGAAGUUGGAAGUCUUAUCCAGAAGUUGGAUUUUUGUUCGUUACAAUUUUGUGUGGAUGUUUUGCUGUUUCAAUAACUACCAUAAGCAUACAGUUUGUGUUCAGAUAUUUUGCAUUGGAAAGAAAAGGCCGAAUAACCUACUUUCGAGGACAUUACCUCAUUGUCUGGUUCAUAGUUCCAUUGGUUUCAGCGUCCAUUUGGAUCACUCAACUUUGGGUAUUUCAGCAUCCAAACUCUGUUACUUCGGCGUAUUUAAGUGAAACAGUGUUUGUCAAUUAUGGUAUGAAUAUAUCCGAUAUCACAUACACUGGAUCCCUGUUCUACCCACCAGAUGAACACGGAGUUCCCCAUCUGGAUUUGAUGCAACUUUUCUCUUAUUUGGGAUUUUGUGUUACUAUGGGCACAACAUUUUCCACGGUGGUGGUGUUUGGAAUGAAAAGCUACAAAUUGGUCUGCGAACUACCCCAGCUUGGAGAAUCUGAGUACACUUACAAACUACAGUCACAGCUUUUCAGAGCGUUAGUGGUUCAGGCAUUCAUCCCAAUAACAUUCCUAUUUCUUCCAAUUGGAAUACUUUUCACAGCACCUCUUCUUCAUUUUGAUAUCGAACCGGCUAGUUUCUUGGUCACUAUAUUCUAUUCAAUAUAUCCAGCUGUUGAUCCACUUCCUAUUAUUUUUAUAGUCGUGGAUUAUAGAGAUGGAUUGGUUGAACUCGUCGGACAUUUCCUCUGUAAAAAGAAUAACCAAGUGAACACGUCGUACACUGAUCAACAAGUUGCUUCCAUUUCAUGAAUAUUUAAUGUUUGUUA